AUGACGACGGGGAAACUGACGCUACAAAGUGAUGUUUUAUGCUUUGGUGUUGUUCUUCUUGAGCUUUUGACAGGACGUCGAGCUGUAGAUUUAAACCAAGGUCCAAAUGAUCAAAACCUUGUAUUACAGGUGAGAAACAUACUGAAUGACCGCAAGAAGCUCCGCAGGGUGAUAGACCCAGAAAUGGCACGAAAUUCUUAUACCAUGGAGUCCAUAGCCAUGUUUGCCAAUCUUGCAUCACGAUGUAUCCGCACAGACAGUAGUGAGAGACCUUCUAUGGCAGAAUGUGUAAAAGAGCUGCAAAUGAUUAUCUACACUAAUUCAAAAGGCUUGGCAAUGGUUAUGCAUAGUUUGAGAAUGAUCUAAUGAAAUCCCAUGUUUAAGCACCAGGCAAAUGAUGGUUUUCUAUCAGGAAUAAAGAUUCCUAUUAUUCAGACACCAAGCUAAAUUAUGACCAGGAAGAAGUAUUUGGCAUAAUUAUAUAUGAUGCAUUGCAAUUUGGAUGUUCCUAAAGGGCCUCCCCUGGUCUGUUCUCCUGCUCUCAUCCUUUGGUUUGUCGCAGGAAAAAUGUACUCAAAGGACCAAUACAAGAACAGACCACUUUUCUGGAAAAUGUCCAUCUACUAACAGUACCAUUUUGUUGUGUUGGAAUUAUUGACUUGAUUCCACAGAUUGGAUGAACAUUACUCAAAUGUCUAUAUAUACUUUAUAAUAUCAAUAUUUGAUUACAUUAAAGAAAUUCAGAGUAA